UGCUAGGCUACUCUACAACACCGGAAGCCAUUUUGCUGACUGCUUGUGUCAAAACUUUCAAUUUAAAAUGGAUUUUGAACACGAAUUGUAGUCUCAUAGGAAGUCAAAACAAAGAGAUAAGUUAUGGCGGCCGCUCUGCCAGCCAUCAGCCGGGGCUCCACACGUGGCAGUCAGCAUUCGUCUAAGUCACCCAUUGUUGUACAAAAUGUCCCAUCACCUCCAAGAACAUCACCACCACAGACUGGUGGACAGAAGUUCUAUCUGAAACCACUGAAAAAAUCACAAGGAAAAAAGGAACGGACACUCCAGAUAAGACGAGAGCAACUUAGAGCUCAGCAACCAUAUCUCACGAAACGAGAAACAGCAGCCUUUCGGAAUAUCUACCUUCACACAUUAUGCUUGGAUAUGUUACAAGAGGGCUUUCACAGGUCAUUCUCAGAACUUUUUGCAUUGAUACGCCAGCAGCAUGCGGCUCGGGAUGCUGCUGGUCCAGAUUCUGCCCUCUGGAAUAGAACACUGCUCGAGGAUGAACAUGAAAAGUUGGAUACUCUAAAAAUACAUUUAACAGGAUCAGAGGAGGCUGGAAGGAAAGAAAACUUUGUGGAUGUGUAUAAUUCACUCUACAAGUUAGCACGAUAUUUCCAACUCACUGGAGAUAAAUGGCUCUCUGAUCAUUUCUUCGAUAAGUGUUUGCAGACAAGUAGUAGUGUGCAGGGCGAUGAGGGUCGAAUGUUAGCCGAAGCUCACUGCAACAUGGGCUUGGCCAUAGAAGAAAGUAAUAACCUCCUCCAGUCUGCAGAGCAGUUUGAAUCAUUUCACGUACUCGUGAAGGGCCGAAGUUGGGAGGAUGUAGGUGGCGAAUCACUCCAUGGCCAGGCCUGUAACCAUCUGACUAGAAUAUACACCGCCAUCGCCAAAAAAUGUGAAAAAGACGAACCAGAGCAGUCAUUAGAGUAUCUAAUAAAGGCCUACAACAUGGCAAAAGAAGGUGGCAACAAAAAAAUGGAAGGUGAAUCAAGCUUUAGACUUGGUCUCGGAUAUGACAAGGUUGGAAAUGCCACAACGGCACUGCUGUACCUGAACAGAUAUUUUGACAUGUGUAAAGCCAUUGAUGAUGAUGCUGGCCUUGGCCUGGCAUGCGAGGCCAUCGCAAAGGCCUACGAGAGACAAGACAAAGUGGAAGAAAGCAUCAAAUAUCUGCAGAUGUUUGUAGAAGUGGCAGAGAAGUCUGGUGAACAGAAGGCUGUCAGUCGAGCAUGUAGCGAUCUCGGUGCUGUUUUCAACUCCUUGAGUCGGUAUGAAGAGGCGUCCGAAUAUUUCACAAAGGCCUACAACAUAUCCCGAUCCCUGAAUGACAAGGAGGCUAUUAGCUCAUCACGUGUCCAGUAUGGUAUUGCGAUCGCUCAUAAGAUGCUGGUGCACGUGUCAAAACAUGUAGAGAGUGCCAACCGUCAAUGUGUAGGCCGCAUGGUUGACUGGAAGAGCUCAAGGAAUGACCAAUUUGAGAAAGAAAUCAAAGCAGACAGUGCAGUGGAAACCCCCAGUCCCAGCGCCCCGGCUCAGUCUGGCCCAAGUGCUGCUGAAAUCAAAGAGGAUGAGAAACAGGGUGGAGACAAUGAACAAGCAACACAGGAGGGUGAGGAGGCACCAGCAGGGAAUGGAGAGGCACCUGCAGAGGCUGGAGAGAUUCCUCAAGAUGGAGAGAAGGUGGCAGAAGAAGGGCAGAACACAGAGGAGCAAGCGUAGGUCUGGGAAGGAGACUUGUAUGGACUGUAAAUAAUUUUCCUAGUGAAUGAGAUAACUUCCACAUUCCAAUAUUCAUGACCUGGCACCCAUGUUUCUUCAUUGUGAGGACAACCAUAACAUUCCAUCACUCAGACUAUUAGUACUACAUGUAAACAUUACACUUUUUGAUGUGGCGCUAAUUUCAGAAAAUGUUCCAAAUCAUCAAUUAAUUGAGAGGAAUCCUAAUCUAGAAUUUCAGACAGCAUCCUGCAAAAUGGCUGCUAAAGCACUUAUUUUUUACAUUUUGAAGAAGCACAAACAUCUAAAGGUGGAAAUAUUUGCUGAUGUCCGAAUUGUCUGUGAUAAUACUAGAACUACAUGGAGAAGUAUUGAAGACAUUUUUGUUCAGGGGUCAACCCAACAUCUGCAGAAAAAGUGUCGUAAAUACGAUAUGUAUGAUAAGUUUACUACUACUGUGUAUGAAUGAACUAAUGAUAAUAAAGCUAUUAGGUUUUGUG